AUUGAUUAUGGUUCCUUGCAAUCAAUAGAUUAAUCUAGUAAAUUAACUGAUUUUCUCAUUUAAUCCAAUAAACAGCAAAAAGAAUCUUAAAAAUCUGUGAAAGGGUCAAUUGUCUUCAAACCUUCAGGUCGUGACUUAUGGUGAUCAUCUUGUUAAGAGCUACUCAAAAAGCUUCUCCAUUAGAUUAAUCCUUUGGCUCCAUUCAACGAUUGAAAGUUGAAGAUAAAAGGCCAAAAUUUUCAUCGAGUAUAUUAGUUUCUUUCUUAUUUCUGUUUAAAGUUCAUUCUAAAGUCUGACCUCUAAAUCUUAUUUUCUAUUCCAAAAUGUUUGGUGGUGAUUCUUUUCAGUUUUACAAUCAAUCGGCUAACGAGAAUGUCGAUCUCAAUAAUCUGAAUAUUGAAAGACUCAUUACGGUCGAUGAUUCCCCCGAAAAACAACCGCAACAACCGCAACAACAGCUUCAACCGUCUCAACAACCACAACCUCAACCUCAACCUCAACCUCAACCACCACUACUGCCACAAGGAGCAGGAGCGAUCGCACCACCGAUGCAGCCACCGCUUCACCCGCAAUUCCAACAGCCUGCAUAUCAACAAGCGCAGUUCCAACAAGCGAUUUACCAACCUGCUCCAUUUCAACCUUCACAGUAUCAACAAAGACCAACUUACUCUCAUCCAAUGUACCAUCAGCCGUCACCUUGUCAACAGAUAUCUUACCAACAGCCAACGUAUUCGCGGCCGAUGUUCAGUCCACACUCGUUUCGACCACAGACUUACCCUGAUCCUGCCAUUAGACAACCAAUGUACCAACCGCAAAGUCUUCACUCUCACAGGUUCCAUUUGCCUUGUCAACCACCACCACCAGCGCGGUCAGUUUAUCAACCCAACUGUCAGCAUCCUUUUUAUCCGUCGUUGCAGCCCAAUUACCGCUCAUCCUUCAUGCCGAUUCCAAUAUGUGAUCCAAGCGUUUCAUCAACCUCACAUCCACAAAAUUUAACUUACGAACAGUUCAAUAGGCUACGAGGACCAUCAAACUUUAUCGGAAAUGAGAGAAACCGAAUGAUGUCGGCGGCCAAUCCGCAGGCCAAGAAAAUUCGUCCAAACGAAUUUGAAAACUAAAAAAAUGAACCAAUUUAAUCUAAACCUGUCUAACUAAGAAGCCAGACGAGGAUCUUCCUUGAAUUGAUUAUUUCAAUUAUAAUUAUAAUUAUCAUUCCAAUUGAAUAAACUUAUUUCUCAUUUUAA